AUGCUCCCUCCAGUGACAGGCGAUACUAAAGCAACACUGACAAUAAACAGUUUCCAAAAGGGAGGUGAUGGUGGUGGUCCGUCGGAGUGUGACAACCGAUACCACUCUGAUGACACACCAGUUGUGGCGCUGUCAACUGGAUGGUACAAGGGAGGGGAUAGGUGCCACAAGUAUAUUACCAUCAAUGGAAAUGGGAGGAGUGUAAAGGCAAUGGUUGUGGAUGAGUGUGACUCUACUAUGGGGUGCGAUGGUGAUCAUGACUAUCAGCCACCUUGCCCUAAUAAUAUUGUUGACGCUUCCAAAGCAGUGUGGAAGGCGUUAGGGGUAUCCGAGGAUAACUGGGGAGAUUUGGAUAUUACUUGGACAGAGUGA